UCAUGCAAACAACUUACAGGAGGAAGGAUUUAUUUUGACUCAAUUUUGGAGGUUUUUAGUCCAUACUCUGCUUUUGUUAUGGGGUCCAGGGAAGGUACCCCAAAUGGGACUCAAACCCACGUCCCUCCAGACUCCACCACGCAGAGACAGUCUCAAGCAAAGAUGGAUUUAUUGGGGAAGCAAAAAGUGAACUGACCGGCCAGGGACGCAGCACAGACUCAGGCGCUGACACCGUGACCCCCUAACAGUCCUGGAGCUGAGGUUUAUAAAGAUAGCACUUACUUUGGACUCAAGAUGAUUUGAUGUGUUAAAAAGUCCUCCCAUCAACCAUGAUGGCUACACAGACAUUGAGUAUAGACAGCUAUCAAGAUGGGCAGCAAAUGCAAGUGGUAGCAGAGUUAAAAACAGAGCAAGAUCCCAUUUGCUCAGAACCGGGUGCGGAAGGCGCGAGCCCUCCUCCUGUGGAGUCCCAAACCCCAAUGGAUGCCGACAAGCAGGCCAUUUAUAGGCAUCCUCUGUUCCCAUUACUAGCUUUGUUGUUUGAAAAAUGUGAACAGUCCACACAAGGCUCAGAAGGCACGACUUCUGCCAGUUUUGACGUGGACAUUGAGAACUUCGUCAGGAAACAGGAAAAAGAAGGGAAACCCUUCUUCUGUGAAGACCCAGAAACAGACAACUUAAUGGUGAAAGCAAUCCAGGUCCUGCGUAUUCAUCUUCUUGAGCUGGAAAAGGUUAAUGAACUCUGCAAGGAUUUCUGCAGUCGGUACAUUGCCUGUCUGAAGACAAAAAUGAACAGCGAGACCCUGCUGAGUGGGGAGCCUGGGAGCCCCUACUCCCCUGUGCAGUCCCAGCAGGUUCAAAGUGCCAUCACGGGCACCCUCAGCCCCCAGGGAAUUGUUGUACCCGCUUCUGCCCUGCAGCAGGGAAAUGUAACCAUGGCAACAGUGGCAGGUGGAACAGUGUACCAGCCUGUCACCGUUGUCACUCCACAAGGCCAGGUGGUCACACAGGCCUUGUCGCCUGGGACGAUUAGGAUCCAGAACUCCCAGCUCCAGUUACAGUUGAACCAAGAUCUCAGCAUCCUACAUCAAGAUGACGGCUCAUCCAAGAACAAAAGGGGCGUCCUGCCAAAGCAUGCCACCAACGUGAUGAGGUCCUGGCUCUUCCAGCACAUCGGGCAUCCCUACCCAACAGAAGACGAGAAGAAGCAGAUUGCUGCUCAGACAAACCUGACACUACUCCAAGUGAACAACUGGUUCAUCAAUGCUAGAAGACGAAUUCUCCAGCCAAUGCUGGAUUCCAGUUGUUCAGAGACCCCCAAAACAAAGAAAAAAACUGCUCAGAACAGGCCGGUUCAGAGGUUUUGGCCAGACUCCAUCGCGUCAGGAGUGACACAGCCCCCACCAAGUGAGCUGACCAUGUCAGAAGGCGCUGUCGUGACCAUCACCACGCCCGUGAACAUGAGCGUGGACAGCCUGCAGUCCCUGUCCUCGGACGGGGCCACCCUGGCCGUGCAGCAGGUCAUGAUGGCGGGGCAGAGCGAGGACGAGUCCGUGGGCAGCGCGGAGGAGGACGGCGGCGCGCUGGCGCCCACGCACAUGGGGGGGCUGGUGCUGGAGACCAGCGACUCCCUGCAGUAGGGCCGCGCCCCGCUCCGUACUGUGUGCACAGCAACCCUUUUCCAGUUGCAUUUCUAAUAUGUUUUAUAUGUAGAUAUAGGAGAGUGCACUUUUGUAUUUCCUAGUAGCGUAAGGAGCGGCCCCGCCGCCGCGGCGACGUCUCUCAAGUGUGCGUGUGUGGGUUUUUAAGGAACUUCUUCCAGGUUUACCGCUAGAACCGCGAGCGACCCCUCCCCGCCCCGUGUUGAGUUCCGCACUAGAUGAAGGAGUAGCGCUGCCGUUUUCUAAACAAAUUAUGCAGUUGUAAUUGAGCUGUGUGCUUCGCAGCGGAUCUCGGCUGUCCACGCGAGGCGGGGAGCCGGCCCGGCCGCUCGGAGUGCACGGCGCCGCUCCGCGAGCCCAUUUCCUAUGUAGAAAAAGAAACUCCUAUUUUUACCUUGCUGGAAUUAUUGGAUAAAAAGCUAUUUUUAUAAAUUCGCUAUGAAUUGGAUUAUGAGUAUAUUGAGGAUGAAAUUUCUAGAGAAGGUAUACUACACUACAUGCUUGUUUUCCAUUUGUAACCUUCGGAAUGGCCACACCGCGCGGCCUCCCGCCCCCUCGGGAGGUCGACCUUUUAACCCUGAUGGAGGAGUGAGCAUCUAGCUGAUGAAUUGCUUUCGGUGUGUGUGACGCUCACGUUGCAUUUUACACUUGAUCUAAAUGAGCAUCGGAGGGUGUGGCGUGCUAGAACUUCAGGUAAGUGAAGCGAAAGGCCUCAGCCCCCACCCACAAGCUCCCACGGCAGCCCCGUCUAAUUUAAAUUUGACCUCAGUUACAUGGUUGCCUUACCGUGCUAACUGUGUAUUGUUUUAGAAUUUUUUUUUAGCCAAAAUAUAUGUAAUGUAUAGAAUGUUUAUUAUAAACUAAUAUAACGCGUGCUCUACCCCACUGGCUCAGAGCUGGGGUAAACGCAGGCCCGGGCCUGCCCUCAUGGAUGGAGUGACAGCGAGCUGCACUGUCCCUCCCCCGGGAGCCACGCUCCUCCACGCGCCCAGGCCCGCUGCAGCUUCCAGAACCUUCUCUCACCCAGUCACAGGAGAUGUGGAGUCCCUGGGUAUUUCCAUUUUCUGGCGACAAGACAAACCAAAAGCGUAGGUGGGGUUUGGUUCCCUUUGUCUGACUGUGUGCUUGGGAAUGGCUCCGCAUGCGCCUGCUUCAUGCAGUCCCUGUCCCCAGAGGGCCCAAGGCCCCUCAGCCCACAGAGGCAGCCGCGAAGCCGUCCGCGUGGCUGCAGGUCCUGCGGCUCGGCAGGAGCAACUGGUGAUGGACCAAGGUCACAGCGGAGGUCAUCGCGAGCUGGUGCGUGCAGGGUUUUGUCUGGAACUGAUGCCCUCCCCCCAAAUGUCUAUUAACUAAAGUCAGUCACAGGGGAGACAGCAGACCGUUGAGAGAUUGCCGCAAGGCUAUUUCAGAAGCUUCGAUUAAAGGAAGAACUUGUUUUUGCAACUCUUUAGGGGAAAACCAAGUAUUUUUAAGCAGCUAUGGCAUCCCUUAUUUGUAGUUUUUAAGUCAGGUCCGCACAAGGCUAAAGGUUCCUUUUAGCUUUUCUUAAUGCCCCCUGUGUCGGCCUGUUACACUCGGGGCGCCCUCCUCCCCUCCCCUUCUGUCCGCCUUCCACAGCAUGUGCGCACGUCCAAAGCGCAGAGCCCUUUUCUGCUGGCCCCUUGCAGGCGGGUCACCCAGGAGUACACCGUAUCCAUGGGGGGCUCGGCCAGGACCCACCAUGCAAUGCUGCCCCCUCCACUCUCCUUGUGAAAUUCCGAGGAGUAGCACAAGAUCUUGAGUUCAAGGCCAGCCUUGGCUACAUAGCAAGAUACUAUCUCAAAAGCAACAUGACUAAGAGCCACCCUGGGUGCUGGCUGUUUCCUUUGAGCUUGCAGGAAUACCGCGGUGCUCUUAAGCAAUGCCUGCAUAACUGGCCAUUCUGGUUCAUGAAGUUGCUGCCAACUGUAUUUGUUUGCACCUUAAAAAAACAUGUGUUUUCCAGCCGUCGGUCAGUGAGUGGGUCUGAAUGAGUGUUCCCUUCCAGCUUCCUUCACACGGUCAGAGCCGAUCCCAGCCUCCUUAGUUCCUCCUGCGUUAGAGCCUUGGAGUGGGUUUGAGACCAGCCUGCCCGUUGUCCUUCCUGCUGUUUGGCUACCUGGUGGAGAAGCUAGACUGAGUUGCCCACAGUAGCAGGCUCUCCGCGUGUGUCCAGAUAGCCACCUAAGCAGAAGCAGCCCUGCGUGUGCAGAGCCCUGCGCCGGGGCUCCCGGCCCCCUGGGCCCCGCCGGGCCCUGCUCCCCAGGGCCCCCCCAAGGCCACCUCCACGUCUUUCUGGUUAUGUUCGGUCUUUGAAGCUGACAAUCUUAUAAAUGUGAAUACUGUAACAAUAUGUUUUCUUGGAUUGUUGUCUUUAAAAAGGAUUUUUGUGAAGCAGUUGAUUUAUCAAUGCAAAAAAAAUUAAAAAUAGAAACAUGCCUUA